AUGCAGAACAAUAGAGAAAUGGUGGAGAAACAGACUUACAAGAAGAAUAAGAAGAAUCCCAGAAAGAGAGAGACUUGCAAGAGUGAGAUUUUAGUCUGGUUGCAGCGACCACUGCUGAAUCCCAGAAAAAAAGAGACUUAUAAGAGUGAGAUUUUAGUCUGCAUGCAACAGCCACUGUUGAAUCCCAGAAAAAGAGAGACUUGUUCAAUCAAUACUUCAACAUACCUCGUCCUUGAUAAACAUAAACACAUCAGAUAUUGGCACAGACAUGAAACUUCAGUAGAUGUGCAAAUGAAGGAGAAUAGAGCAAAAGCUUGUGGAGGAUCUAGCAAUGCAGCGACAACGGUAUUGAAGGAAAAUUCCAGUCCUUUGAGCAAUAAAGAGGUUUUGAUUAUAGAUAGAAAGAUUUUGAGGAUGCAGAGUUUCAAGCAGCAUCCUUGUCUAUACAGCACUGAUUAUAAUUCUGAUGCAAUUUUCUUGUGCUAUCAGAGUACAUGA